AGUCAUUGUCAGGCAGCAAGUAAGAGAGGGAGAGAGAGAGAGAGGUGCACCCAGGCAGACCGACUGAAGAGCGUGUGUGUGCAAACUGGGAUGAGUAAAUGCACUGGGCGGCUUAGCUGUUGAUACAGCCACAGAGAGAGAGAGAGAGAGAAGAGAGAGAGAGAGAGAGAGAGAGUGUGUGCGUGCAAGAAAGCGAGAGAGUGCGAGCGCGCGCGAGAGAGAGAGGGUGAGAGAGAAGAAGUGAAAGGGAGGUAAAAAAGGGAAGAAAGAAGCAGAGAAGAAAAAGGGAGGAUACAACAACUACAACUAUGCUGUGCUGCAUAAGAAGAACCAAACCGGUGGAGAAGAAUGAGGAUGCAGACCAGAAGAUCGAACAGGAUGGCACCACCAACAAACCCGAGGACAAGGCCCACAAGGCUGCCACCAAAAUACAGGCCAGCUUCCGUGGACACAUAACUCGGAAAAAGAUGAAAGAUGGAGAGGAAGAGAAGGAAGGAGACAGUCCUGCUGCUGCAGAGGAGGCGACAGAGGGGGGAGAGGAGGCAAAGAAAGCAGAGGGAGAGGAGGCACCUGCAAAGGAGGAGGAAGCUGCAGGAGAGGAGGCCAAGAAGGAGGAGGAGACGAGCCAAGCCAAAAGCCCAGUGGCAGACAAGCCAGCUAACUCUCCGGCAGCUGCUGCUGCCUCUCCUGUAGGCGCAGCGACGUCUCCUGUAGCAGCAGCGCCGGCUGCUGCCUCUCCCACGGCCGCCACAGCGCCCUCUGAGCCCCAGAAAGAGGAGCCAAAGGUGGAGGAGAAAGCCGAGGAGAAGCCCAAAGAGGUGGAGGCCCCAGCGGCGGCAGCCAAGAGUCCCACCACGGCCACAGCUGAGGAGAAGAAGGAGGAGAGUGAAGAGAAAAAGGAGGAGGCCAGACAAGCCGAUGUGCCUGCUGCUGUUAGCCCGACAGCUGAGAAGGAGGAGCCUAACCAAACAAAAGAUAAACAAGAUGCUGCAGAGGAGUCUAAAGCAGAGGAGGCCACCCCAGCAGAUGCAGCCGCGGAGGGCACCGAGUCCAAGGAUGACUAAGGCAAAAGUCUAACCUAAAGAAAGCAGAAUUAAGAGUAUGAAGAAUAACACGAAAACAAAAAUCUAAAAAGGUUGCUCUUUGCCUUCCCAAUGUGAAGGCAGUCCGUUUCUAUUUGUUUGUCAUUUUUUGUGUGGCAAUGAUUUUCUCAUGUUGGGGGAGUUUCCAGCGUUAAGUUUUUUGGCUCAAGCUAAUACUAUGAGGAAGUGGUGAUGUUGAUGAUGAUGACGAUGAUGAUGUUAAAAGUGAUGAAAAAUGAUUGUUACCUUGAUGAUGAUGAUGAUGAUGAUGAUGAUGAAAUGAUGAUGAUGAUGAUGAUGAUGUUGAUGAUGAUGAGGAGGAGGAGGAGGAGGAGGAGCAGGAGGAUUUGAUUUGAUCUUCACUAUGUAUUGUAAGUGAAUCAGUGGUGGAAUGAACGCUCCCAACUGGAUAUUAACACAUUUAAAAUGCAUUGUGAAUGCACCAUACUUUAUUUGCAUCGCAAUGCACUUUCUUGAAACACAUUUUGCAAAUAAAAUCUGUACUUCUGCAAAUGCACGCACAAAAACAAGCUGGUUAUGAAAUGCAAUUUGAGUUUUCAACACAGUACAAGUGUAUUGAAAACACAACAAAUAGGUAAUGUACCGACACAUCGGAUGGAGAAUAGAAUGUAUAAUUAAAUGUGUGACAUUUCCAGUUGGGCAGCUUUAUCCUGAAUCCAAAAACCACAUAUAGGACAAGACUAUUACUCUCUCUCUAUUCUGCUUGAGUCAUUCAAGCUUGGUUUACACCCCUUUUACAAACUCCCUGUCUACUCACAUUUAUAAUAAAGGACCUGUUGCCAUUUAAAUGACAUGAGCAUAUAAUAAACUUUAGAAGUCAGCUAUAGUAUUGGUGUAACUGGCUCUUACAUGACGAUUUGUGUUCUGCCAACCAAACAUGAGAACAGUAGCAUGAACCAUCGAACCAGAUGCAUGAUGGGAACUCUCCCUCUGAGAGGAACUUUUUCGCAGUCACAAAAACUUAAGAGGUGUGGCGGCUUCUUUUUGAUGUCUUUGGUGUUGUUAUGACAGUUUAUAUGAAUUGGAAAAAUACUCUUGCACUGAUGUUACGCAAAAAAACAAAAAAAAGUAAAAAGAAAAAUCAAACAAACGAGCAAACAAAAAAUACUUUUCCCAUGUUCCAGUGAGUGCAAUGUCCAGUUUCAACCUUAUCAAGGAGUUCAAACUUGUGAGAAAAAAAUAUGAAAAAAAUAAAAAUGGUUUCAAUGUCUGUUUUCAAAAUAAAGCAAAUGUGCCAAUUACUAUCAUAAA